UGUUUACCCAGGGAUAGUAAUAUGAUAAACAUAUGUGUAAAGCAUCAUGUGAAAUCACACACACUUAGAGAGACUAUUUGGAUGUUAUAGGGUCUGCAAGGAGUUUUUUUUAAUAUUGUAAUUCAUUUGGAGAACAUGUUUCAAGCACUAAAUGUACCUAGAAAUAGGGAUUUAUGAACGGGCAAAAGGCUAUUCUGUGUGCAUUUUACAGAUUUUGGUGUAGCUUUUCCUGUGUUGUCUGCCUAUUGGUAGACUCAGAAUUUGCAAAAAUGUAUCCAUGCAUAUUUGUGUAGGCUUGAAUUUGCACAGAUGCAUUUAUGAAAAUUUGUGAAUAUUGGCCAGAUGUGCACAGAUCUCCCCCAAAAUGCAUGUUUGCAUAUUUUAUAGUGGGAUUUCUGCAUUUUAGUAUUUCUGAUCACUGAUUAUAUGCAAAAACACACAAAAAAAUCAGUCAACAGGCUCUAUGAACUCUGUGUGGUCAAGAAAGCCAGUCCCCUGCAGCACUUGUGGAGCCAAUUCAGAAAUCUGGAUUUAACCAUUGCAGAUUUCUCCAGCAUCCCUUCUCAGAGCUAUUUAGCUACACUUCAUUUGGUCUGUUGAAUCUCUAUUAUUUAAGAGUGGAGUGUGACUGGAUUAGCCAAUUCAUGGGUUGUUUAAGUCAUAAAUUGGCAGGGCUGUGAGCAAUUGCUUUCAGUUUUAAUCAACAACCCAGUGUUAAUAAGCAACACUUGCUCUUGAGUUGUUUGAUGUGAUGUCUAAACUAGGAGUGCUGAGAUGCUGUAGGUUAAACAAACCAGAGUUGAUGUCUUAACCCAUAGAACUGAAAGGUCUAAAUCUGGAAUUACCAGUCCACUUAGAGCAUUAUUUACUUCAUUCUCUCACAACUUUCAAUCUGACUUCCCUUGAAACCUCACAGACACAAUACAGCCGUGGAAAAAGGUUCAAUCUAAAUGAGGUUCCACUCCUAGUACAGCUAAACUGAGCAAUAUAUGCAGUCUGCUGUGAGAGAUUGCAUAUAUUUAUUGGUUUAAAAAAAAAACCAAUCCCCCCAUUCAUCAUAUUUCCCUUUUCUUCUUCCCAAGCAGGAUUUCUGGGUUGUUGAUUAAAGCUGAUUCAGAACAUAAGUGUCAAGUGCCCACAAAUAGCAUAUUUGUUCCUUCACUUGUGGCCUCAACAAUUCAUGGUUUGAACAAUCCAGUAGUUAUUAUAUGUCAACUGGAGCUAUCAGCUAUUGCUGUAAAUGUGGAUGUUGCUGUAUUUUUAAGCUACUGUUAAGAAUUUAUAUGUUAACAUUCUCAACCAAAACAUCCCUUAAAUAAUUGAGUUUCUUUCCAGGAAGAAUACUUCUGCCUCUGUAUCCCAGGAUCUUUUUUUCAUUAUUAUCUGCAACUCUGGAUGAGAAGUAGCCAGGAAAUCAGAUUUUGGGCAUAAAUAAUAUAUUUAUAUCCAUACUUUUAAGAAAAUGCAAAGUAAGCUUUUUAAAAGAAAUUAUUAAAAACAUUUACUUGGUAUUGCAUUUUUAGGUUAGUACAUCCUGUAUGAGUCAUAACUAUGGUUUAGAUCUUGCUUUGUUUGCUCAUUAAUGAGUGGGAGUUGCAACUUUUUGACACUAACUGGGCUUCUUGUAUUACAUCGUGGUCAAAUUAGUGAAAGGCAAAUUUUCCAAAUGCGUAUAAUCCACCCACUGUAAAUUGUGAAGCAUAUCCAAAUAUGUUGAAACAAAAAGGGGUGGUUGUUUUGGUUUUUCUUUCAUAUCCUGCCAUGAUCUUUAGUCACUUAUUGGAGCUUCCUUGGGUCUUGUGUACAAAUCCCCAUACAAUUUAACAAGAUAUGUGCAUGGCAUUUUAUAGAGUUCAAAAGGUCAGGUCCUUGUCCCAAGGAUGUGACUUGGAUAAAUAGAGGUUUCUUUUGGCAUGGGUGGAUUUUAAUAUUACACUAGCAGUUGCCAAGUUUUUCCCCCAAACAAUUAAAAUUAAAAAUUACUAUUUUUAAUAUCCUAUAGAUAUACCUGUCAAUAAACUCUUUUAUUUUAGUCUUAGUGUGGCGAUUGGCUAAGGUAAAGCAUAGUAUAUAGUUCUACAGUGACAAUAUUAGUUGCAUUUCUCCAAUAAACUGCUGUCCUGGGACUAGCUCAGAUGCUGCAUGCAUGCUCAAGCAUUCAAUCCUGUGAGUGCAAGCACGCACGCACACAUGCCAGGAUGCCAACUUCAAUUACUGAUUGUAAUCCUGGGUACUCUGGUCCAUUUGGAGCUCUCAUUGUUAUAGCAGAUGCAUGGUUGCCAGUGGGAAAGACCUCUAGCUGGUAUUAGGUUACAUUGCAGACGAGGACCAAAUUCCAGUUUGGAGAAGGUCUCAGAGGAUAUAUUGUAGUGGUGGGCAGGGGCAAAAGAGGUAGGGCCAAAGUACUAACACAGUUUAACUUAAAGUUCUUCCUGAUAGGAAGUUUGCCUAAGGAGAGGCAUUUCAGUGUUUUCGAAUAGGAAAAUAAUUCCACACAAGGCAGGAAGCCACCAACUUAUUAGUGACUGAGGGAAAGGGAAGGCUAAGAGAGGAGGUAUAACCAUGUGGAGAACUCCACAGGAGGGAACUGGAGUUGCACAUGGGCCAGAAUUGGUUCCUGGUACUGGGAUUUUUCACUAUUGUAAUGUCACAGCCACUGAACACAAAACGUUUUUGUACACAUUUGCUUAUAGUCUGCUAAAUAAUAUUGCUAUAGACUUGCUAAUUCAGCUCAAGUUCCGUUGAUAGCUGAAUAGAGAAAAUGUUGAAUGUUGAAAUGACACUUAGGAAGGUAGUUGUGUAGAAAAAAUAGGGCAGGAAGCGUUAGCUUGUAAAAGCAGGUUUUUAAAAAAAUCUAUCUAAAUCUUGCUAGUGCCUGAACUACCUUGAUUUAUAAAGAAGCUCAAUAAUUCUCAAAGCAGGUGUUUGCAGUGGACUACUUGCCGAUGCGGCUGUUCAAUAACACAAGCAUGCUUACAUCUGAUCUACCACUUCGCACAGCUGAUGGGCCAUACCUUCACAUUGUUGAACAGCCUAAGCAGGAUGGCAUGGUUCAACUAUAAGAGUGGACACUGCUUGAAAAAAUCAAUCACUAAGGGAACAAAUGAAGGGAAAGAUACCACAGAGAGGGUUUCGUUUCCGCUAUGUUUGUGAAGGACCAUCACACGGUGGACUUCCUGGAGCUUCUAGUGAAAAGAACAAAAAGUCAUAUCCACAAGUUAAAAUUUGCAAUUAUACAGGGCCUGCAAAAGUAAUUGUGCAGUUAGUCACAAAUGGAAAACAUCCCCACCUGCAUGCUCACAGCUUGGUGGGGAAACACUGUGAGCAGGGAGUAUGCACAGUUAAUGCAGGACCAAAGGACAUGGUGGUAGGGUUUCCAAAUCUGGGAAUUCUGCAUGUUACAAAGAAGAAAGUUUUGGAAACACUGGAAACACGCAUGAUUGAUGCCUGUAAAAAGGGCUAUAAUCCAGGACUUUUAGUACACCCUGAUCUCAACUAUAUACAAGUGGAAGGUGGUGGGGAGAGACAACUAUCAGAGCAAGAGAGAGAAAUCAUUCAUCAGGCAGCAAUUCAGCAGACAAAAGAGAUGGACCUCAGUGUUGUACGUCUCAUGUUUACAGCAUUCCUUCCUGACAGUACUGGAAGCUUUACAAGAAGACUUCAACCUGUCUUUUCUGACCCGAUAUAUGAUAGCAAAGCCCCCAAUGCAUCGAACUUGAAAAUUGUACGAAUGGAUCGGACAGCAGGUUGUGUGACAGGUGGAGAAGAGAUUUACCUUCUGUGUGACAAGGUUCAGAAAGAUGAUAUUCAGAUUCGUUUCUAUGAAGAAGAUGAAAAUGGUGGUAUCUGGGAAGGUUUUGGAGAUUUUUCACCCACUGAUGUACACAGACAGUUUGCCAUAGUGUUCAAAACACCCAAAUAUCGAGACGUUAAUAUCACGAAACCAGCAUCUGUUUUUGUCCAGCUACGGCGAAAAUCUGAUCUGGAGACAAGUGAACCAAAACCUUUUCUAUACUAUCCUGAAAUCAAAGAUAAAGAAGAGGUGCAAAGAAAACGACAGAAACUCAUGCCUAACUUCUCAGAUAGUUAUGGCGGAAGUGGUGCAGGUGCUGGAGGAGGCGGAAUGUAUGGAGGAGGCGGUGGUGCUGGAGGUGGUGGUGCUGGAUCUGGAUAUGGAUACACGCCGUAUGGUUUUUCUGGUUAUGGACCAAUGCACUUUCAUUCCAGCACAAACAAGGCUGGUGCGGGAAUGAAACAUGGUAACUAUCAAAGAUUCUCAAAUGAUGUAUCUAAAGAGGAUGGUGACAGUUGCUGUCACAAAAAACGCAGUGUAAAGUUCAAAGUGAAUGCAGAGACUGAAAAGAAAAGCAAAAGUAAUACUGGCACAGCUCCUGAAGUAGAAGAAACCACUUUAUCAUAUGCUGAUGCAGACAUUUGUUUACAAGAUGCUUUCUUUUGGGAAAAGGCCCUGGAGCUUGCCAAGCGUCAUGCAAAUGCUCUGUUUGACUAUGCAAUCACUGGAGAUGUGAGGAUGCUGCUGGCUGUACAACGCCAUCUUACGAUGACCCAAGAUGAAAAUGGUGACAAUGUUCUUCACUUAGCAAUUAUUCAUCUUCACAUGGAACUUGUGAGGAACCUCUUAGAAGUGAUAGCAGAUCUGAAUGCUGCUGAUGUUCUAAAUGUGAGGAAUGACCUUUACCAGACUCCUUUACACUUGGCUGUAAUCACAAAGCAGGCAAGAGUGGUAAAGGACUUGCUCAGAGCAGGGGCAGAUGUGACUCUCUUGGAUCGCUGUGGCAAUUCAGUCUUACAUUUGGCAGCUAAACAAGGGGAUGAGAAGGUACUGAAUGUACUGCUUAACCACAAAGAAGCAUCUCGUAUGAAAGACCUUCCUAAUGGAGAAGGCCUGGCUGUCAUUCACCUAGCUGUGAUGGCAAACAGCGUGUCUUGUCUCAGACAGCUCAUUGCUGCUGGUGCUGAUGUCAAUGCCCAGGAACAGAAAUCUGGGAGGACUGCCUUGCACCUGGCUGUGGAACAUGGAAAUGUCUCCCUAGCAGGUUGCCUUCUGCUUGAGGGGGAUGCACUUGUUGACAGUACUACAUAUGAUGGAACCACUCCACUUCAUAUAGCAGCUGGAAGGGGUUCUACAAAGUUGACAGCUCUUCUGAAAGCAGCAGGUGCAGAUCCCCACAUUGAGAACUUUGAACCAUUGUUUGAGCAAGAAGAAAUGGCAGACAAAGAUGGCGAAGAUGAAGGCAUUGUACCUGGAACAACACCUUUGGACAUGGCAACCAGCUGGGAGGUGUAUGACAUCUUGAAUGGCAAACCCUCCAAGUCAAAGGUGGCAUCCAGUGACUUACUGGCUCAAGGAAAUAUAAAAGAGUUGAACGAGGAUGUUAAACUACAACUUUACAAGUUACUUGAGGUGCCUGAUCUGAACAAAAAUUGGUCCAUGUUGGCACAAAAGCUGGGCCUUGGGAUACUAAACAAUGCCUUCCGGUUGAGUCCUUCUCCACCCAAAACUCUACUGGAUAAUUAUGAGGUUUCUGGUGGUACAAUAAGAGAGUUGGUUGAUGCCUUGAGAGAAAUGGAUUACCCAGAGGCUGCUGAGAUAAUUCAGAAAGCGUUAUCCAUCUCAUCAAGUCAGUCCAGUCAAGAGAAGACAAAAGAUGCCAGUCAGCCUCUAUGCAAAUUGCCUUCUUCUCCCAUAACAGCACAAACAGGUUCCCUUUCUCCUCUCCCAGGUGAAAUCUGUAAUCUAAAAUUCCAAGAUACUGAAAGCAUGUGUGACAGUGGUGUAGAGAUAUCCCUUCGUAAACUUAGUUUUACAUAUUCUGAGUCUUUCACCAGCAAGUCACCAGGAACACUUAAGAAACUGGCCAUGAGCUAUGGACAGGACAACUCGCUACAAGGCAAAAUUGAAGCCACUUAAGAGGUGUGGAAUGAUUAUGUAAAGUUCUUUGCUGAGAAGGAAAGUGAAUAAUCCAAAAUGCACUAGAAGAAACAGGGCUCUUUGAAAUUUACAUCUACAGCACCUUCCAACAAACGCUGAUCAGUUCCCAGUAAAAUGAAAAGCUCAGGAAUGGACUGAAUAAACUUUCUUUGAUCCUAGAGGAAAUUAACUAGACCUCUUGAUAUCUGGUGAAAGAAACAUAGGAGACAUUGACGGUGGUCCAAAGCUGUGAAGCUCAAAAACCAAGUAACAAAAGGUGAUCAGAAUACAUACUUUUGGCAAAAAAAGAGAUAAUGUAUAUUUCAGUUUGUGUAUUUAAAAUUUCAUUUGGUGUCUAUAAAAUCAUUCAAGUUUCAAA